AUGGCUUCGAAUUACGCAAGUUUUUUCGAUAAUGAAGAGCCACACUUUUUGGAAUCAUGCUCUCUUUGCCGUAAACACCUUGGUCUUAACUCCGAUAUCUACAUGUACAGAGGAGACAAGGCGUUUUGUAGCAAUGAGUGUAGAGAAGAACAGAUUGAAUAUGAUGAAGCCAAGGAGAGAAGCUGGAAGCUUUCUGCUAGAUCUCUCCGUAAAAAAUCUUCUGAAGCUGCAAAGGAUUCAGCAACCGGAAAAACCGUACGGACAGGAACACUCGUGGUCGCGUAG